UCUCUGCAAAGAUGAAGUUAGUGAUACUUCAUCUUUCCCUCCUUGUGGCAUGUGCAUUUGGGGGUAACACUGAGGACAAGGCACCUGAAGCCAGAUCAUUAGAAGGAAUCCCUGAAGCAAAAAGUGAAGAACUGCUUGGUCUUGGUUUAGGAGAUGUCCAGACCAAUUAUGGCACUGAAGGCUCUCUUGAGAAAACCUUGAGCCUUCCAGGAGGUCACGAAAUCAGCGCUGGAGUUGGAAAGGAUGGAGGAUUCGGCUAUGGCUACACUACCGAUGAACAAGGUCAAAUCGGAGGACUCAGUGGUGUCUCCGGAUUUGACCUUGGUGAAGGUUAUGGAAUAAGUGAGAAGAGCCACGGACUUGGAUAUGGCCACGGAGGUGGUGGAGGUGGCGGUGGACACGGACAUGGAGGUGGACAUGGACAUGGACAUGGACACGGUGAUGGACAUGGUCAUGGUCAUGGACACGGUCACGGACAUGGGCAUGGACACGGUCAUGGACAUGGGCACGGACACGGUCACGGACAUGGGCAUGGACACGGUCACGGUCAUGGACAUGGGCACGGACACGGUCACGGACAUGGGCAUGGACACGGACAUGGGCAUGGUCACGGUCACGGACAUGGACACGGUCACGGUCACGGUCAUGGUCAUGGACAUGGACACGGACAUGGUCACGGGCAUGGUCAUGGACACGGACAUGGACAUGGGCAUGGACAUGGUCACGGGCAUGGUCAUGGACAUGGACACGGGCAUGGUCACGGACAUGAGAUUGUUAGUGAAUUUUCUUCAUCAAUUGCAAAACAAAUAGACACAUUUUCAGUCAUGGACAUGGACAUGGUCACGGUCACGGUCAUGGUCAUGGUCAUGGUCAUGGACACGGUCACGGACAUGGUCAUGGUCAUGGUCAUGGUCACGGACAUGGUCAUGGUCACGGACACGGACAUGGUCACGGUCAUGGACAUGGACACGGUCAUGGACAUGGACACGGGCAUGGACAUGGUCAUGGUCAUGGACAUGGGCAUGGACACGGGCAUGGACAUGGUCAUGGUCAUGGACAUGGACAUGGACACGGGCAUGGACAUGGUCAUGGUCACGGACACGGACAUGGCCACGGUCACGGACACGGGGAAGGUCAUGGGCAUGGGCAUGGACACGGGCACGGACAUGGACACGGGCACGGACAUGGUCACGGACACGGACAUGGACAUGGUAGCACCAUUUUUGAUGUUGAUUGUUUAA